AUGUUGGAUUAUUUAAAAUUGAAAAAAGUUGGUGGUUUAAGAGUCGAAACUAUUAUUGGAUUAAGUCGAUUUGUUAUGCAAAAUAAUUAUUUUUCUUAUGAUGGUCUAUUCUAUCAUCAAGUUCGUGGAGGAGCAAUGGGUUCUCCUCUUACACUAACUGUUGCUAAUUGUUAUAUGUUUUUUUAUGAAAGGCAAAUAAUUAAACAAAUUAAUAAUAGCGGUGGACUCUACUUUCGAUACUGUUCAACUUUUCAAACUUAUUUGAAUGAACGUGAAAAAUUACGAAUGGCAUUAUUAUUAAAUAAAUAUUCAAAUAGAAUUAUUGAUGAACAAUUUAAUCAUGUAUUAUUAAAAUUUAAUAUUGAUCAACCAUUAGAUUUUAAUAAUUAUAAUUUAAUUCGUCAAAAAGUUAUAGAAACACCUAUAAAAGAUAAAAUACCAGUGGAUUAUGGUCAGAUAAUGUUUGUUCAUUUUACUUAUUGUUUAAGUAUGAAAACAUUUCCAACAAAAUUCCAUGGCCUCUGGGAUAAAUAUUUCGGUGAAUCUCCGAUUAAUGAAAUUGCACCUGUUCUUGGCACACGUAAUGUUAAAAAUUUACAAAGACAUUUAAUUAAUACAUGA